AUGGGUUUCCUCAAGGUCCUUUCCACCUCGCUUGCGACUCUGGCAGUCGUCAACGCCGGUACUCUCCUUAGCGCCUCCCACGGCGCCGAGGUCGUUCCUAGCUCCUACAUCGUUGUCAUGAACGAUGACGUUAGCGAUGCUGACUUCCAAUCCCACCGUGACUGGGCUGCUGCCGUUCACGCUCGUCUCUCCAACGGCAAGCGUGGCAUCUCUGGACCAGGCAAGAAGUUCGACAUCAAUGGCAUGAAGGGAUACACCGCUACCUUCGAUGAGCGCACCGUCAAGGACAUUGCCAGCAACCCUGCUGUCAAGUACAUCGAGCCCGACAUGAUUGUCAACGCCACCGAGGACGUUGUCCAGGCCAACGCUCCUUCAUGGGGUCUCCCUCGCAUCUCCAGCAAGAAGGCCGGUACUAAGGAUUACACCUACGACUCCACUGCCGGAGAGGGCAUCGUCGUCUACGGUGUCGACACCGGUAUUGAGAUCGACCACGCCGACUUUGGCGGCCGCGCCGAGUGGGGCAAGAACUUUGCUGACAGUGAUGACACUGAUGGCAACGGCCACGGUACCCACACUGCCUCUACUGCUGUUGGCACCAAGUACGGUGUUGCCAAGAAGGCCACCAUCGUCGCCGUCAAGGUCCUCGGUUCCGAUGGCUCCGGAACCAACUCUGGUGUCAUCUCCGGUAUGGAGUGGGCUGUCACCGACGCUAAGAGCCGCGGUGCCACUGGAAAGGCCGUCAUGAACAUGUCUCUGGGUGGAUCCUUCUCCCAGGCCAUGAACGACGCCGCUGCCAACGUCGUCAAGGGCGGUGUCUUCCUCGCUGUUGCCGCCGGUAACGAGUCCCAGGAUGCCAAGAACAGCUCCCCUGCCUCCGCUCCCAACGCCUGCACUGUCGCCGCUUCCACCAUCUCCGACGGCAACGCUGACUUCUCCAACUUCGGUUCCAUUGUUGACCUCUACGCUCCUGGUGAGGACAUCACCGCUGCCUACCCCGGUGGUGGCUCCAAGUCCCUCUCUGGAACUUCCAUGGCCUCUCCCCACGUUGCCGGUGCCGCCGCCUACAUCAUGGCUCUCGAGGGUGUCUCGGCUGACAAGGCCUGCGCCCGUCUCGUCGAGCUCGCUCAGGAGGCUAUCACCGAUGCUCCCUCCGGCACCACCCCCAAGCUUCUCUUCAACGGUAUCGGCGCAUAA